AUGAUGAACUUGACAACUUCAUCAAAUGGCAGCAAAGAGUCAGUUCAGGGUGUACUUCUUCUUGGCUUUAUAAUCAUUGACUUCGUAUUUGCAGCGAUCAUCAUGAUGGCAAACAGCUUUCUCUUUAUCACGAUUUACCGCGAUCCCUGUCGAUGUUUACGCACGCCCAACGUUUUUCUUAUUGCAAAUCUCUCCGUUGCCGAUUUUUUUAUGGGAUUUGUCAGCUUUCUGAGAGGUAUCGAACUUACCUAUAGCUACCAUGGCUGGGUAGAGCUUUUAAUCGUCAACAUCACUCAAUAUUUCAUUGGAGCUGUGUCGAUUCUCGCCGCAGUGUCGACGCUUUUGGCGAUGUCUUACGAUCGGUAUGUUGCAGUGAUUAAGCCGUUUGAAUAUCCACUGAAAGUGACGAACACAAAAGCGAAGAUCUUCAUCUUUGCCAUUUGGACAAGUGCGCUAGUUUUCUCCGUACUUCCAGUUUCGGAUGUAAGGAGAGAAAAGUUUUUGCUUGUCUAUUGUUACUCUCAUUUCGUGAUCCCAUCUUUCCUCUUAACAACAAUCUAUGUGAAAAUAUACAAGGCGAUUUCCCUACAAAGAGAAGAACUUAAAAAUGUGCGCGCUAGUCUAACAGCUGCAGGUAGAAGGCAGCAGUUAGAGAGAGAGAACAGAAUGGUCAUGGCAUUUAUAGCGAUCCUUUUGAUAUUUUAUUUGUCAUUUUUGCCCUACUUUAUCAACAUACAGAUUCUAUAUUUUUGCUCUUGCCGCACCUCUUACGCAUACAGAGUUUAUCAUUAUGUGGCAAACGAAUUUCUCUCCGUCAGCUCCAUAGUGGAUCCCUUCAUGUAUGCUUGGAGAAUUCCGAAGUUCAACCGCUCGCUUCGAAUGUGUUUUCGUCGCCGAAAUGUCAUCAGUGUGUUGCACACAACCAGUACUUUAAACCAAGGCAAAGCAUCAACUCAUUGA